CCUUUGAAACCGCACCCAUUUCCGACCAUUCCCAUUUCCUCGGACUCCCGUCUUUUCUCUUUUACUCUCUCUCUCAUCUUUCUUUUUUGUCACAUAAAUUGAAGGAACUUCGAUCCUUCUUCUUCAUCACACACAUUAUUGCUGUGAAGCACUUUCGGCGAAAAAGAAGAAACAAAAAUUCAAGAAAAUGGCAAUCCCGGAGACCCCAUCACGACAAUCUUUGAUCCCAACUUUUCUUUACUCUUCCUCUGUAAGGAUGGUGAAUUUGGAGCAGAAUUUGAUGCCGAGAGUGAAUAAUCCAUCCGGGUGGUCGGAUUCAACUGCAGCGCCGCAGCACUCGGCGGAGGGGAUCGGGCGGAAUUUCAUGAUUCCGGCGCCGAACGAGAGCGGGAUAAAGAUGUUCUCGCCGGCGUUCUACGCGGCGUGUACAGCCGGGGGAAUAUUGAGCUGUGGGCUCACUCACAUGGCCGUCACUCCACUUGAUCUUGUCAAGUGCAACAUGCAGAUUAAUCCUGCAAAGUACAAGAACAUUAGCUCUGGUUUCGGUGUUCUGCUUAAGGAGCAGGGAGUCAAGGGUUUCUUCAGAGGUUGGGUGCCAACCCUGCUUGGAUACAGUGCACAAGGAGCAUGCAAGUUUGGAUUCUAUGAGUUCUUCAAGAAGUACUACUCCGACAUUGCUGGUCCUGAGAAUGCAGCCAAAUACAAGACAAUAAUAUACCUUGCAGGAUCUGCAUCUGCUGAAGUUAUUGCUGAUAUUUGCCUCUGCCCAUUUGAAGCCGUUAAGGUUCGAGUCCAAACUCAACCUGGCUUUGCCAGAGGUUUGGCUGAUGGAUUUCCUAAGUUUGUCAAGGCUGAAGGAGCUGCAGCGCUUUACAAGGGGAUUGUUCCACUUUGGGGACGACAGAUUCCAUAUACGAUGAUGAAGUUUGCUACAUUUGAGAAUAUUGUUGAGGCCAUUUACAAAUACGCCAUUCCAACCCCAAAAGACAAGUGCAGCAAAGGCUUGCAGCUUGGAGUUAGUUUUGCUGGUGGCUAUGUGGCUGGGGUGUUCUGUGCUAUCGUAUCGCAUCCUGCUGAUAACUUGGUAUCUUUCCUCAACAAUUCCAAAGGAGCAACAGCCGGUGAUGCUGUAAAAAAGCUAGGCUUGUUGGGUCUGUGCACACGGGGCCUCCCUCUUCGUAUUUUCAUGAUUGGUACUCUUACCGGAGCACAAUGGGGCAUCUACGACUCAUUCAAAGUUUUUGUUGGGCUGCCUACCACUGGUGGAAGUCCUGCUCCUGCAAAAAAGUGAGAAGAGAGAGAUGGUAGACGAGAACAAAUUUUCUUUGUCCCUCCUCUCAAAUUUUAAGCAAUAAAGGUGGACUGCCUUCUAGGAUGAUGGGGGUUAAUACCCAAAAUCACACAGAAUAGUAGCAUUGUGAUUCUCAUAAGCACAUUUUUGCAGUUUUGCAGUUGAUGACAGAUGAUAGUUUGUAUACUGCAGUUUUGCAGUUGUUGAUAGAUGAGAGCUUAGUACAUACAGGUCCAAUAAGUUUGCCUUGUUCAUUAAGCAAUGCACAUUUUUGUAAAGCAGUACUUUGAUGAUUAUUCAAGGUUCAGUUUUGUUUA